UGGCUCAGUCCCUCGUGAACAACCCAACACUGCCUGUGUGUGGGCAAUAAAUAAAUAAAUAAAAAUAAAGAAUCGCCAACAAAACAGUUUAUUGAAAACGGAAACGAGCAAUUAAUGUGACCCACAAUGAGGAUGCCAUAACGAACGGCGGCUGUGCGUCAAAUAGAACGCUGAUACCAAAUGUUGUUCUUACAGAAAUGUACUCGAUAGUCAUUGUGCAUUGAUAUUAAUCCAAAGAAACCAAUCCUCCCCCCAUCCGUUGGUGGGUCAUAAAUGCAUUUUAUCAAUACCAAGUCAAGUUCACCACUACCAAAACAACACCAAUCUAAUUGUCAUAAAAACCCUCUUGACUAACUCGAUCAAUCAAAAUGGACGAAGACAUUAUGAACGCUGUCGAAUCUCUUUUUGGCAAAGAUGUUAAAGUUGUGGACUGCCAAACGUCGUCGACGGUGCAACAGGAGGAGGUGCUAUUGAUCAAUGGUGUACCGGUUAAAUUGGAUGGUUUGCCGGCGGAUGAUGCCAGUGCUAUUAAGAGUGCUCUACUCGAUGGCCAGAUGCCGGCUGUGGAGCAUCUGAAUCAGCUGCUGUUUCGCGCAGGUCUCGCCCAACAGCCCAUCGAGGUGGAAACAUCGCUGACCGUCAAGUCAUCGCUGACGACUACUGAGGAGGUGCUAGUCUCACGUAAUGGACAGGUGCUGGAUGAGCGUACUGUGGAAACCAAAGAGCACUUCAAUCAUCAGUCACAUCAAAAGGAAAUUUGGCAGCCAAUCAAACAGGAGAAUGCUUUAGCUCGCGCCACUCCGGAAAAUGCGCUCAAAUAUCGAACAAAUUCGAACUCAACAUGCACUUCGCAGGCAACAACAACCGAUCCGGAGACAGAGACGGAGACGGAAAUGGAUCGACCUGGUGAUCCACUGGGUCGGCAGUUGAAUCAAACCUUCUCCAAUGCUUCCAUUAUGUCCACCAGCUCGGCCAUCACGUGCUCGGAUCAGCUCAUUAAUUCGGCUUCCAAUAUAUCCACUGCCACAACGACUAUGGGCGACAAGAGCUCCAAUCUGAGCAGCUGCGAUUCGGGUCACGAUGGCCUCUUCCACAGUGUCUCAAUGAGCGCUCCUUACACGCAAUGCGACGCUCGUGACCCGCAAACAGAUUCAAUGUACUGUGACAUUCCCAGCUCAGCGGAUGAGGCUGACGUCGUUUCAGUCGCCGUCUUGAGCACGCAUUUGCAGAUUUCUGAGCAAUGCGAUGCAGCCAAGGAUUGCCAAACAUCUCUGCCAGUUUAUGCCAAAGAUCUGCCCGCCACUGGCAAUCUGGAUACGCUAGCCAAACUGCUAGCCAAGCCAAGCAACGAAGACAUCGAGUUUAGCCUGCUACUCUGUGCGCGUUUGUUUGUACAAAUGCAAGUGUUGCUUGCACGGCUUGUUGAAGAGCACCGGGGACGUGAGGAGCAGCUGUUGCGACUGCUUGGUAAUUGGUUGCGUCUCUGUCCCCAUGACUUUCGCAAUGAGACAUUACUACAAGAGCUGCGCAAACAAAACCACAACAAAGCAAUUUCUGCUUUCCUCGACAGCAUUGCCGAUACACUCGCCCAGCUGGACACAAGUCGACGCUGCCAACUGCAAUAUUUGCUAAGCAAACAAUCGUCAGCUAGCUCGCUGGGACGUCAAAGCAGUAUUAAGUCACUGAAACGUUUCGCCACAAAUGUCUACAAGACAGACAAUGUGCUGAACAAGUGCAGCAAUGCCUUUGAGCUGGCACAUCAGCUUUAUGCCAUCGAAUAUGCCUAUCUCUCACAAAUUCGACUUGAGGAGUUUGUUGAAAUGAUCAGCGCGGGCGAAUUUAAGUCUUGCAUGUCACAAAAGAAGGCCAGCACUCUGGGUUCCAGCUCCAGCAGCUCAGCCAAGCAGCCCGAAGUCAAUAUUGCCGCGUAUGUGCAAUGGUUCAACCAACUGUGCUCUUUAAUAGCCACGGAGAUAGUUAAGCUUGGCAAAAAAUCUCAGCGAGCACAGAUGAUUGAGUUUUGGAUUGAGACAGCUUUGGAGUGUUUUAACACGGGCAAUUUCAACAGCCUGAUGGCCAUUCUAACUGCUCUCAAUAUGACUGCCAUAACGCGGCUAAAGAAAACUUGGGCAAAGGUGCAGCGAACAAAGUUCGAGGGCUUGGAACAUCAAAUGGAUCCCAGCGGAAAUUAUCAGAAUUAUCGGUCCACGAUGAAAGCGGCUGUCUGGCGUUCAGAACGAGAAGAGGCCAACAAAAUUGAGCGUGCCAUUAUACCAUACUUUUCGCUGUUUCUCAAGGAUUUAAACCAGAUUCACGAGCAACAUGAAACCAAAUUGGUCAAUGGUUUCUAUAACUUUGAAAAGUGUGCUCUGUUUGGGGCUCAAUUGCGCAGCUUUUACAAUUGGCAGCGAUUGGAUUGUCCUUACGAGCAGCUAUCCAACGUGGUUGGCUAUUUGCAAAAGGCAGAAGCGUAUACAGCUGAUCAAUUAAUGAAAGCCUCGUAUGAAUGUGAGCAACCUGAUGGAACUGAGGAGAAGGAACAUUACAAGACAUUGAAGGCAGCUAAAUAAACGAAGACACACACAAUUGUUGUGUAUUAUUAAGACGACAUUUUUCUAUACGGAAUCCGUAUCGAACCUCGCACAAACAUCGGCCGAGUUUGUAGACAUUUCUUUUGUUGACACUUCCAUGUUUACAUUUUAUGCAUUUUGCAUUUCGCAAUAACGAUAAUAAUUUUAACAACACAAUCGCAAUCGUAUUUGUUAAUUUGUACUUAAGACAUAAGCAUAAUAAUAAUAAUCAACUAAUUAUAUGCAUUAAUUUGGCAUAAUACAUAUUGAUAUUCCA